AUGGGUAAUUCUAUAUCUAAGACGCUGGGUAAGCUUUUUGGCUCCCGUGAAAUGAAGAUUCUUAUGUUAGGUCUAGAUAAUGCAGGUAAGACUACUAUAUUAUACAAAUUAAAACUGAAUAAAAUAAAAACCUCUACACCUACAGUUGGUUUCAACGUAGAGACUGUAUCUUAUAAGAAUGUCAAAUUCAAUAUGUGGGAUGUGGGAGGUCAAGAGAGGCUAAGACCUCUAUGGAGGCAUUAUUUCCCAGCAACUACUGCUUUAAUUUUUGUCAUUGACUCUAGUGAUACAGAAAGAUUAAAUGAGGCUAAAGAGGAACUGUAUAGUAUUAUUAGUGAGAAAGAGAUGGAAAAUGUAGUACUCUUAGUUUGGGCUAAUAAGCAAGAUUUAAAAAAUGCAAUGAAACCGCAGGAAGUUUCAGAUUUUCUACAAUUAAGUGACAACUUAAAGAAUCAAUUGUGGUGUGUUAUUGGUAGUAAUGCGUUAUCCGGUCAAGGUUUGUUGGAAGGUUUGUCUUGGAUAUCAAAUAAUACCUCCAAGAAAUAG